GCGUAAUCGCGCAUUUCAGACAGCAACGCGUUACUGAACCAGUCUGCAAUGUAGUCCCACCGCUAAAACCAAAUUUUUUCGACAAACAACGAUUGUGCAAAAUAUUCGCAGAUUGCAACAGUAUGAAACUCACACGGAAGCUAGUGCUUGCCAAGGCUAAGGCAUCUGAUCUAGACAGUGUAAAGAAAUUAAACUGCUGGGGCUGCAAAUUGACUGACAUCUCCAUCUUCUCCCAGAUACCUAACAUCGAGGUUUUGACACUUAGUGUGAAUAGUAUUGCAUCUCUAUCACCUCUCGCUGGCUGUCUGUCUCUCUGUGAGCUCUACCUGAGAAGGAACUUAAUCCCGUCUCUUGCCGAGCUCUCUCAUCUCUGCCCACUCACACGCCUGCGAGUGCUCUGGUUAGCUGAGAACCCCUGCUGCGGAACAGAUCCCAGCCACUACCGACUCACCGUGCUGCGCAGCCUGCCUCGCCUACAAAAAUUAGACAACCAGGUGGUGACAGAAGAGGAGCUUGCUCUUUCCUUGGUGGAGGGUGAUGAGAUAACCACACCCCCUUCUACAGCUCAGAACCAACCCUCCACCAAUAGCCAAACAGAUGUGGAGACAGAGAAUGACUCUCUCAACUACAGCAUGGAGGAAACCAAUAAGAUCCGCGAGCAGUUGGGGAUGAAGCUUCUUCCCAGAGACAAGUUCCCCUCCCUUUCCUCCCCAUCCACCCGAGAGACCAGGCCUUUGGCCAGGAAGACACACACUCUGGAGGCGGUGUUGCUGUUGCUGAAGGACCUGGAUGAGGAAGAGCUACACAUUGUUCACACUGCAACACAGAACAAACUCAGAACAUACACAUUCAGUUGUGAAACACUAUCACACACAUUGCUGACAGAAAGAACCACUAAUAUGGAGCACUGACAAACACACACUUCAGGUUGACACACUUUAUAACUUUGGCCAAACUGAUGUGCCCAAACUGUCUUGUAUAAUUCCCAUGAGAUGUGGAUUGUGUUUUGCAUCUGAUGCACUAAGGAAACUGUAUUUGGCACUAACCAGCUGUGCUAGUGGCUGGACAGUUUUACCAGCCCUGCAUAUUGCCCAUUCUUUACAUUCAAUUGUUUUAGGGGCAAAGAUGAUGCCCUGUGUUGGUUAUAUUCCUACAGUGAGUAUAACAGCAUGACAGCCUUUUCCUGAACAUAAAUUGAAUGUUUUUUGCAUUGUGCUUUGAUGAAGAAUUAAUAUGCCUGUAUUAUUGCCUU